CAUACCGGCAUAGUUAUUAAAUCGUUAUAUCGGCAGAAUUAAAUUUGUUGUUAAUUUGUUUACAAACAUGUAUCAAAAAUUGGAGGAACCAAAGCCACCAGCAACCCUUCUGGGGAAAUAUAUUAAGGUUUUUCUGGUUGUAGCUUUGUAUUGGUUCAUUUCCAUAUUGACCGUGUUUGUGAAUAAGCACUUAUUAAGCAGCGAGAGCGUUAAGUUGGAAGCACCACUUUUUGUCACCUGGUUUCAGUGCGUUGUUAGUGCUCUCAUUUGUUUCCUAAUGAGCCGUUUGUCUAAACUUUAUCCGUCGGCUAUCACUUUUCCAGAGGGCAAUCCCUUGGACAUUGAUACAUUUCGUAAGAUACUUCCCCUUUCGAUUUUAUUUACAUUGAUGGUGGGCACAAAUAAUCUAUGCCUUAAAUAUGUUGGAGUUGCAUUCUACUAUGUUGGCCGUUCACUUACGACCGUCUUUAAUGUCAUCCUAACCUACAUGAUACUAAAACAGAAAACCAGUUGCUCUAGCAUUCUCUGUUGUGCGGGCAUUGUUGCCGGAUUUAUGCUGGGUGUCGAUCAAGAAAGUCUAACCGAAUCCUUUUCAUGGCGUGGUACCAUAUUUGGUGUUUUAGGCUCCCUGGCCUUGGCCAUGUAUUCGAUACAUACAAAAAAGGCUCUACAUCAUGUCAAACAGGAAGUUUGGCUAUUGUCCUACUACAAUAAUCUUUACUCUUCGGUAAUAUUUCUUCCCUUAAUCAUACUCAAUGGAGAGCUAGAGGCGAUAAUAACAUAUCAAAAUAUAUUUGAAUUUUGGUUUGUUAUAACGAUGCUGAUGGGCGGUGUAUGUGGAUUUGCCAUUGGUUUUGUAACGGCAUUACAAAUAAAGAUAACAUCUCCAUUAACGCAUAAUAUCUCGGGCACAGCCAAGGCUUGUGCACAAACUGUGAUAGCCACACAAUGGUAUAAUGAGCACAAAUCCUUUCUUUGGUGGACCUCAAAUAUUGUGGUGUUGGCAGCAAGUGCUGCAUAUACACGCGUCAAACAAUUGGAAAUGCUACGACAGCACAAUCGUUCCACGGCAGUCACUACGCAAAAAGCAUGAUUUUUUUAUAUUUUCUGAUUUACAAUGUAAGUCAAAAAUGUAGUCUUUGACAAAAGAAUUUUUUUUAAAAUUUUAAUUGCAAAAAUUUUGCAAAAGCAUGUGAAUUUGUACCAUUAGUAAUUACAUUUAAGGCAUAGAAUCUUGUAUACAUAUUAGUGGGCUUGAUUUGUAUGGAUGUUAAAAAGAAGAAUUAAGAAUCGUACAGCAGAAACGUUGUCUAAAAUUCGAAGAAAUUUCUCUGAAGAAACCAUGGACCAAACCCUAAUCCAUUUUCAAGUCGAGAGGCGCUGAUUAGGAUUUUAUUUUAGAUACAUGGUUUCGGAGAAUUUUAUAUAGUUUACGUUUUUGGUAUACGAUUUAAAAAAAAUCAACUCUCCCUAAUACAUAUUGUACAUUUGUAUGUAUCAUCAGUAGGAUUUACCAAAGCGUCUUAAGUUAAAAAAAAACACAAAAACAAAAAAUGUUGUACCAUUUCAUUUAAAAUAUCCAAAUUCCUAAUAAACAUAAGUUUUAAUUAAUUGUUAAUUAAUCUUAA